UAUAUAACUAAGAGAGGCAGCAAUGGUGUGAGUGAGUCAGUCGGUGAUAAGAAACCUAAGUGGAGUGUACGUGGUUCUUAGCCAUACAAAUGCACUUUUCUGACUGCCGCGUCUCCGCUGAAACUGACAGAGUCUAACUUGAUCGCCGACUACAUUCACCCAUGCGUGGUUUACAGACGUUCAUACAUAAAUGCGUGCGUGCGGAUUAAUUAGUUGAUAUCACUACCACUAACACCAACAACAAAAAUAUUUUUUGUUGAAUUUUUUUUCUUAAUUCGUUCUUUCUUUAAAUAUUUUGUGAUAUCCAAAAAAAAAAAAAAGAAGUAAGAAAGCAAAAUAUUGUGGAUAAAAACGUUAUAGCUUGUUGCAGCCCAUUUACAAUUUAAAGGAAGAUUUUAAAAAGAUCUCACGAAGGAAAAGUUUAACUUUCAGCAUUAAACUAAACAACGAUAUCUACGACAGAAAUAUAAAAGGAUAAAUUUUGAAGAAAAAAACAACAACAAAAAAAAAACCAAAAAAACCCAAACAAAGAGAACGAAAAAAAAAACAAGAACAAAAAAUUUUAAAAAAACAUAAAUAACAAAACUACCAUUUUAAAUUUUGGAAUCUUGUACACAGACUUUCGUGACAACGCCUUGAGAAUUUAUCGGUAUUUCUGUAAAAUUUAUUAUCAUUACUACUGUUAUUAUUAAUUGAUUAUUAUUAUUAUUAUUAUUAUUAUUAUUAUUAUUAUUAUUAUUAAUUGUUGGUGUUGCUGUUAUGAAUAUUUUUCUCACCAAAAUUAUUUCACUCUCAUAAUCGAAACUUAAUUUUUUUUUUGUAUCAUUUUUUCUGUCUCUAUUGAACAUAAAACUUUUUGACUUUAUCAAUUAACACCGUUUCGUUUCUCUAGACACCCUGUGGCCACUGCAGAAACAGUUAUAUUUAUAUAGAUUGCUUUCGACAAAUCAUUAUUAUUGAUUUAAUUUAGUGUCCUUUUGUAUGUAUUGCAUCAAGUCCCUUGGCAAGAUUCUUAAAUCUACUUGCGCAGAAGAGCCCUGUGUCAUUAAGAAAUUAUCCUUUUUAUAUCGAAUAUUAUUUAUAAAAUACUUUUUGUGUGAAGACAUUUAGAAAACAAAAAAAAAAGAAAAAAACAUUGAUUUAUGAAAUAACGAUAAUAAUAAUAAUAAUAACAUCAAUUAAAUUUUAUAAAUAACAUAAAAUGGAUAUGGAUAACGAAUUUGUGAACAAUGUUAAAACUGAGACCGAGGUAAAUGAUGAGAAGUCUAGGACAAAUCUAGAAGGGUACAACCAGGAUAUUUCUGUUAAGUCAACCGUGAUUGGACAACCAAGUACGACAAUGGAAAUCAAUGGAAAUGUUUCCACUGAAGCCUGCCAACUGCAGGACACACUGUAUACAGAAAGUAAUACAACAGACACUUCAUAUCCGAAUGCCCUGUCUAAUGUUGAAUCUAAUUCCUUACAAUCGGCUUUGAACGAAGCGAUGGAUUCGCAAAUUUAUGUUCCUGUAGUUAACAACACUUUCAGCGAAUUAGCUGAUGGAAGCAACAGUGAUGGGGUUAGUUUUAAACCAGAAAAUAUCGAAGAAGUAAAACUUAUGAAUACAUCGUCGGCGAAAUGUGACACAGAAUCUGGUGAGGUCAUUCAGGAUGCCAUUUUAAUAGAUCAGAAACAAAGUUCAGUAGAGUUGUCUGAAAAUAUUUUUCCUGUAGUAACUGAUACACACGUGCUUAAUUCUGAGGAAUCACAGGAAGAUAUCACAGGAAAUCUUACUAACUUAUCAGAAGGUGAUUUGAAUUUCCGCACUGGCGUCGAAGGUGUAUGUGGUUCAUACACCGAAACAGAAGUUGCUCCUGAUUAUAUCCAUGUUUCGUCUCAGAAAGUAGCAGAGUUUUCUACAGAACCUACAUGUGAAAAAGUUGAAGAACUCGAAGAGAAUCUGAAAAAUAUUUCAACAUCUGCAUCAUCUUGUUUUGAAGAAAUAGGAAAUGUUGAAAAUGUUAAUUCCGAAAUAAUUGAAAAACCGUCCGUAUUUUCUGUUGGAGAUGCCGAUAGCUCACAGGAAAUCCUUGAAGAGAAACCUGAAGUCGUUUCUUUUAAUCAAUUUACAUUAAAAACUGAAACAAUUGGAGGAGACAAAAUAUUAGAAGAGAGAACAACUGUGGAAAUAACUGAAGAAUUAGAUGUGCAAAACGCAACUGUAAACAAUAUGACAGUAUCAGAACACAUUGAGAUUGUCGAGAAAGGAAACGUGGAAACCGAUGGUAAUAUUGUUGGGACACCCAAAGAUAAUGAUUCUACCGUUUUAUUUGAACAAGUUGACGUACAGGUCGAAGAAUUUGGAAUUUCUACUUCAUCAAAACCGAUGAUGACUUCUAUCGAACAAUCUGAAAAUUUUAAGAUGAAUAUUCCAAAUGAAACGGAAACAUCGUUUCCCGAGAAAUGUCUUCCGUCCAGGAAGAUAGUGGUUUGCUUGAAAACAUGGUAGCUGUUGCACCUUUGGUAGAAAACCAAACGGUUGUAGUUCAAAAGGAAGAAAUGUUAUUGUUGGAAAAUGAAGACAAUAAUGUUGUUGAUAUGACAGUAAAAGGGGAAAAACUUAUAGAAACGAUUGUGAAUGAACCGGCUGAAGAAAGUUCUAAAGAACCAAUGGGAAGUCCCAAAAUUGCCACAGAACUCUCAAAAGUCCAGGAAGAAAAUAAAGUGAAAGUAACAGAAUUUGAAGCUGUAGAAAACCACGUUCCAACAAAGAAAUUAACUGAUAUACAAAGUCAUGAUAUAAAAACCUUUUCUAUGGCAGAUAAAAAUACGAUGGAAACACCAACAUAUAUUGGAGCUGAAGUUUCUUCGGACGAAAACAUCGACGCAUUUUCAGCGAAACCAAAUCAAACUACGAAACUCGAUUCUCUAGAAAUAGAAACGAAUGUGACUACCAAAGAUGCUGACAGACGAGAGAAGAAACCAGAGCACAUUGUAUCGAGUGAACGAAAGCAAAUUCCAGUUACAAUGACAGAAAAUAAUCGUCCAAGACAUAUUGACAUUCUAAGGUCGAUCAGAGGAAAGACUAAACGCGAGGCGAAAAUGAUUAUGUCACAGGAUGCAUUUAAUAGAGCUUCAGAAAUAUUGAAAAUUGUUCAAAACAAAUCGAAUACAUAUGAAGAUGGUAUCUAUGUUCACCCCAUGCACCGGGCCUAUGCCACAGAAAUAAAAGACGGUAAUAUAAAUCUUUUGAAAUAUACAAGGCUUAGUGAUGGUCAGUUAUCAGAUGAUUCCAAUCAUUACGAGUAUUUGAAGUCAUUCAGAAGCCAGAACCGUAAUGACUAUAUCAACAUGAAAAUCAAUGGGAGGAAACGGCGUAAAAUGGUUGGUCGAUUCAUCUACGAAUGCUGUAACAAAAUUACUUUGCUGGAAAAUAUAGCCAUAAAUUACAUUGAUGGUAAUAAACAGAAUCAAAACCCUUCAAACUUAUCGAUUCAGAUCGAAUAUGGCGGAGGAGAAAAACACAAAAAGAACACAAAGAAAACAAAGUAAACGACACAAGUUUUUUUUCAGAAGAGAUGCCAUACUAAAAUAAACAACAACAAAUCGAUAUGGUAUUGCUGGGCUGCUGCUGUUGUUAGUGAAGCUGGCCGUAGUGGUGAUGGUGGCGGUGGUGAUGAUGUUGGUGGUGAUGGUGGUGCUGUUGAUGUAGGUGGACAUUGUGCACAUAGUAGAAGAGAGAUUGAUUCGCCUUUCAAUGCAUAUUAAGUCAGAUGCUUUACGUAUUUCAGUUCCAUUCGACUUCGCCUUACAUCCCAGCUGGUUCGAUCAUAUUAACUAUCAGUAUCAUACAGAUCGAUUCGGUCAACUAAAAUGCCUUGCCCACCACCAUUUAAAACAAAAUGACAUUGCACUUCUUUAAAAGAAAACGCCUUCAUCAUCAUCAUCACCAUCAUUAUGAGGAGAUAGAUAAAAGUUCGGAAACAAUCUUUUACAACUUUUUACAUCCCAAAUUAUUAUUCGACUACAGACUAUUCCGUAGAUAAUUACAAGUUUUAAUUCUGCACCAUUUGUCUCCUCCAGUCAAACGACGGAGCCAAGUCCUAGUGCGAUCCUACAAUCUCUCGACAUAAAACCUGUAUACAUUUCAAAGUUAACAAAACUACGGAACACAUUUUUAAAAUCAAUUUUUUUUCUUAUGCCACCAUUACCUUUUUAUUAUGCAAA